AUGAAACGUCGUAAAUCGUAUACAGCAGCUUUCAAGCUAGACGCCGUCAUUUAUCGUGAUUUGCAUUUAACCUUGGCAGCGGCUAGUCAUUUUGAAGUCACUGAAGCAAUGAUAAGAAAGUGGGUUGUUGAUCGACAAAAUCUUCAAGAGAUGCCAGCAACGAAGAGAGCCCGACGAUACAAAAAACCAAGCGUUGAAGAAGUUGAAGAUGCCAUCUACAACUGGGUUGUCAAAAAACGAGAAGAAAAUAGAGCUGUCACGGUGAAAGAAAUGAGGACCAAAGCAAAGGAAUUAGCAGAAGAGCAUGGUCACCAAAAUUUUAAAGCAUCUGCGCAUUGGUGCAUCCUGUUUAUGGCGCGAAAAAAGCUCUCUGUACGAAGAAGAACAAGUGUCGGUCAACCAUUGCCGUCUGACCAUCUACAAAAAUGCUCGGAUUUUCGAAAGUUCGUUGCAGCUGAAGCCUUAAACGUAUCCCCUUUCAAUUUGGGAAAUAUUGAUGAAGUACCAGUUCCCUUUGAUAUCAUCUAUGAACGGACAGUUGAUGUGAAGGGACGAGAGAACAUUAAAAUUGAUUCUACCGGCCAUGAGAAAUCUAAUUUUACUGUUGUAUUGGGAGUGACUGCUGCUGGAGAGAAACUUAAACCAAUGCUAAUUUUUAAGAAGAAGUUAAUGCCAAAAGGACAAUUUCCUCCAGAUGUCAUUGUGAAAAGAAAUGAAAAAGGUUGGAUGAAUCAGGAAUUGAUGAAAGAAUGGAUCGUUGAAGUAUGGAACAAAAGAGAAAAUCACAAUUCCGACCCUGAUCGCUCUUUGCUGAUAUUUGAUUCUGCUCGUUGCCACGUAACUGAUGAAGUGAAACAAUUUUGUCAACAAUAUAGCAAAAUUGCCGUAAUACCAGGAGGAUUGGCUAAAAUAUUGCAACCCUUAGACGUCGGCAUCAACAAACCGUUUAAAGACCACUUGAAAGCUGGCUGGGAAAAAUGGAUGAGAGAUGAAGCUAAAGCAACUUACACAAAAAGUGGAAUAAGGAGAAGGAUGAGCUACGAAGAAGCUGCAUUUUUAGUUAGCGAAAGUUUCCAAUCCAUUUCAUCUGAUGUUAUUCAACAUAGCUUUGAAAAAGCAUUGUGUGAUUUGGAAAAUCUCAAAAACGAUUUUGCCAUGAUGAAUAUAAACGAUGAUGACGAAGUAGAAAUUGGAAAAGUUUAG